AUGGCAAACAACGAUGUCUCGGUUCAGGCUACAACUGCCAGUCCCACGAGAAUGAUUACUGUAUUCUGCGGUUCAUCUCCGGGGCGUGAUCCGGACUAUAUUAAGAUGGCCAAGGAACUUGGUCGCGAGAUGUUAAAGAGGAAUUAUGGGCUUGUCUAUGGUGGUGGAUCAUAUGGUCUAAUGGGUGCAAUCGCUCAGACGAUCCAUGAAGGGGGUGGAAAGGUUAUAGGAAUCAUUCCUGGUGCCCUCAAAAAAGUUGAACGCCCAGAAAUUCCGGAUGUUGACAAUCAGAAAGUUUUUGGUGAGGAAAUUAUUGUGCAGGACAUGCAUACUAGAAAAGCGAUGAUGAACAAAUUAUCAAGUGGUUUCAUCACUAUGCCAGGUGGCUACGGCACUAUGGAAGAACUUCUAGAAAUCACGACCUGGUCCCAGUUAAGCAUCCAUGAUAAACCCGUUGUUCUUUUCAACAUGAAGGGUUACUUCGAACACUUGCUCAAGUUUAUCCAGCACUCUGUUGAAGAGAAAUUUGUCGUCGAUUGGAGUGCUGACAUUAUCGCUGCAGGAACAACUGCGGAAGAGGUGCUUGAUAAGCUGGAAGCCUACAAGCCUCCUGUUUCUCGUUAUGCCUUGAAAUGGGACGACACAGAUGCUACUCACAAGGAGGAUUUCGUUUAAUUUUAAUUCUUAUUAAGGGCGAUUUUUAGGGAAUAAAAAGCUUAGAACG